GUUAAAGCGGGGCCAAACCGGGUUAUCCCUCCAGUGUGGAUGCAGCCGAGGAACUCGAUGCCGCUCCUCCUGCUCUGCUCUGAUCUCCUCCUCCUCUUAUAACCCCCCUCUCUCCGGAGGAGUCAGUCAGUGGCCAUCCUGGGGCUGCUCCGGAGCAGUGAGGCGGAGGCGACCCACGUGGAAGCAAUGCAGCUGGUGCCUGGCCAGGGACACUACUGACCCUUGGGAAAGAAGAAGGCUUUUCCCUGGCUCAACUUCCCCAAAGUCGGAGGAGGAGGAGGAGGAGAAGCAAGCAGACUGCAGUCCCUUUGGCAACUCAGCCUCCGAGAGGGAAGAAGGCGAAGGAGCGGAGAUAUCCACUGGAUUUCCUGAAGAAAACAGAAGAAUCAUUCAGCAUGAGUGCAAGAACAAUAUCUAGAGAUAGGACUGGAAUGGGAGCUUUCAAAACACAACAUAUAUUUGCUAUAUUAUCCUUUGGAAUGCUGUUCGUGCCUGUCACUGGAACGUCAAAACAAAAUGUCCCAAGACUUAAGCUCUCCUAUAAAGACUUGCUGCUUUCCAACAGCUGUGUCCCAUUCCUGGGCUCGGCAGAGGGGCUGGAUUUUCGGACCCUGCUGCUCGAUGAAGAAAGGGGUCGGCUUCUACUCGGGGCUAAGGACCACAUUUUUCUGCUCAGCUUGGUUGAUUUAAACAAAAAUGUAAAGAAGAUAUUUUGGCCAGCAGCAAGGGAGAAGGUGGACCUGUGCAAACUAGCUGGGAAAGAUGCUCAUACAGAAUGUGCCAACUUCAUCAGAGUCCUUCAGCCUUACAACAGGACUCAUGUUUAUGUCUGCGGUACAGGAGCUUUCCACCCAGUCUGUGGCUACAUAGAGCUUGGAACACACAAAGAGGAUGUAGUGUUCAGAUUUGAUGCUCAGAACUUGGAGUCUGGAAGACUGAAAUGUCCUUUUGAUCCUCAGCAGCCUUUUGCAUCUGUCAUGGCUGAUGAACACCUGUAUUCUGGGACUGCCUCUGAUUUCCUUGGUAAAGAUACAGCUUUGACACGUUCUCUCGGCUCAUCACAAGACCACCAUUACAUCAGGACUGAUAUUUCUGAACAUUACUGGCUCAGCGGAGCAAAAUUUAUUGGACUCUUCCCUAUUCCGGAUACAUACAAUCCUGAUGAUGACAAAAUCUAUUUCUUUUUCCGAGAGGUAUCUCAAGACAGCAGCACUUCUGACAAAGCCAUUCUUUCCCGAGUUGGCCGAGUCUGUAAGAAUGACAUGGGAGGUCAACGGAGUCUGAUAAACAAGUGGACAACAUUCCUGAAAGCAAGACUAGUUUGCUCAAUUCCUGGCCCAGAGGGAGCAGAUACACAUUUUGAUGAACUGCGUGACUUAUUUCUUUUGCUUCAUAAUGCCCCACAAUGUCCUCUGGUAAUGAUGUGCUUCUCUUCUUCUAGCUCUGUGUUCAAGGGCUCUGCUGUUUGUGUGUACAGCAUGGCUGACAUUCGAGCUGUUUUCAAUGGGCAUUAUGCCCAUAAGGAGAGUGCCGACCAUCGCUGGGUCCAAUUGAUGAGGAUACCAUAUCCUAGGCCUGGUACAUGUCCCAGCAAAACAUAUGACCCCUUGAUCAAGUCCACUAGAGAUUUUCCUGAUGAUGUCAUUAGCUUCAUAAGGCGUCAUCCAGUGAUGCACAAAUCAGUCUAUCCAAUGACCAGAGCCCCUGUGUUUACUCAAAUCAACGUGGACUACAGACUCACUCAAAUUGUGGUGGAUCGUGUCAUGGCGGAAGAUGGCCAGUAUGAUGUCAUGUUCCUGGGAACAGAUUCAGGAACAGUACUGAAAGUUUUGAGUAUAACCAAGGAGAAGUGGAACAUGGAGGAGGUGAUAUUGGAAGAGCUGCAAAUAUUCAAGCAUCCAUCACCUAUCUUGACUAUGGAGAUGUCCCCAAAGCAGCAACAAUUAUACAUUGGCUCCAGAGAUGGAUUGGCUCAGCUCUCACUACACAGAUGUCAUACAUAUGGGAAAGCUUGUGCAGACUGUUGCCUUGCCAGAGACCCAUACUGUGCUUGGGAUGGAAAUUCAUGUUCACGAUAUACACCAACCUCUAAAAGGCGUGCAAGGAGACAAGAUGUCAAAUAUGGAGACCCCGUCACCCAGUGCUGGGAUGUUGAAGAAAGCAUUAGUCAUGAAACCACUGAUGAAAAGGUGAUUUUUGGCAUUGAAUUUAAUUCAACAUUUCUGGAAUGUAUUCCAAAGUCCCAGCAAGCCUCUAUUAGGUGGUUUAUCCAGCGCUCCGGAGAAGAGCACAGGGAAGAGCUGAAACCUGAUGAAAGAAUCAUCAAGACAGAAUAUGGACUGUUGAUCCGCAGCUUGCAGAGAAAGGACACAGGAGCAUAUUAUUGUAAAGCCCAAGAGCAUACAUUUGUCCAAACCGUUGUGAAAUUAAAUUUAAAUGUCAUCGAGAAUGGACAGAUGGAAAACUCUCAGAAAACGGAUGAUGAAGAAGGCCGGGUACGGGAUCUGCAAGUUGAGUCUCAACUGAGGUAUAAGGAUUACAUCCAGCUUCUCAGCAGCCCCAGCUUCAGUCUGGAUGAAUAUUGUGAGCAGAUGUGGCAUCGGGAAAAGAAACGGCAGCGUAACAAAGGUGGACCAAAGUGGAAACACAUCCAAGAAAUGAAGAAGAAACGGAACCGGAGGCACCACCAACCUGUGGGCCAACACAUUAGACUUGAGUCUACAUAGUUUGUGUAUUUUAUUUAAAGAAAGGACUUUUUUGAAAGUGAAAAAAAUACUUUUGUUACAUUUUCUGGACCCUCCCUAUUGAUGAUGCUUCUCAAAGAGACCCACAAUGCACAGUCCUUAAUAUAUACGAGACCCCAUGGAAGAAUACACUAUCACUUGGAAAUUUUCUUCAGGAUCUGAAUGCUAUUCAGUAGCUCUCAAGUUUUUGUUGAGAUCACUCUGUUUGCAUCUUGGACUCUGAAGAGUUAAUUUAUGUAAUGUUUUGAAUGCCUGUCCUGCUGGGUAUUUUUUUUCUUUUAAAAGCAUAGGCCAGGCUUUUAUUGAAUAACUGCUAAGAGAUCUGCAUUUGUAAGUAGUCUGAAUGUACUAAUAAAAUAUAUAAGGGUUACUAAAAAUGCUGGGGGGAAAAUAGGUUCAAAAAUGGGCUGUAACACAUUGAUGCUAGGUUAAAUUAAAGGAUCUUCCAUUUAUCAGAAUUUUUUCUCCCCUCCCCUAGUUUUUAUUACACAAGAGUUCAGUGUGUGCAACUGCAUAUGCACAUUUCCUGGUCAGCAAGGCUAGGAUGGGUCAUUUUGUAAGUUGGGCAAUAGCACUGAUUUAUUCAUUAAAAGCAAAUGUAAAUUUGACUUUAUAGUAAGAAAGGUAGAUCUUUGUUUAUUUGGGUAUAUGUAGCAACAAGUUUGAAGACCAUCUGCUGAGAUGACAUGUUGACUCAAAUUGGAACUGCCAACAAAGAGUAAAAUGUCUAAGAAGCAAGUGGGAGGUAGACACACAAAUCCUGUUAGUAACUAAUGGGAUUUGUGCCAGCACCUCUUCUGUCUGUCUCUGAAGACACACACACACACACACACACACAAUAUCUAUGUGUGUCUCGUCUCACCUCUGCUACUUUAAUUCUGUCGCUGCUUUACAUUUGCUUCUUUGAUACAAAAAGUGGCAAAAUUAAAUCCAUCAAGGAGAAUAAGGGAAUCGAUCUGUUAAGUUGUCAUGGUGAAAACAGACUUUUACUCAGCUGUUUAUUCUUUGUGCAAAGGUCUUGUAUAUUUUAGAGACAGCGGUGCAUUGUCAGAAUUAAUGUUUUAUAUUUUUUACUAAAAUAAAAUGAAAACAAAGUCCA